CAUUUCAGAUUUUUACUAAUAAACGUAAUACGUCUGAUAAAUUUUUGUAUUGGUGGAGGUAAAAAGACAUUGCGAAAUACAUUUCAAGAAGUUAAAUUUGUUUCGGACAAGUCAUUUACACUUGGAUUUAUUAUCUGCAACAAACUGUGCGAUGGCGUUUACAUGGGAGACGGUGGUACAAAUCAUCAUCCUUGUAUUAGCACUCCGGGCUCUACAUAUGGUUUCGGCGAACAAUUCGUGCUCUGAAGUCCGCAGAAACUUUGUUUCAAAGCGGAUAGGUCCGGUGAAAAUUGUCCCAUUCACAGCUUUUGAAGCCAAAGAUCUUCGUGUUUGUCCAAUGUCCGAUAGACUGACAUGCUGCAACAGACAAAUGGAGAUCAGAUUCAUGACCGCUGCAAGAAAUGAUGUCUCAGAAGUAUUGGAAUACAAAACAUUAAGCUUAAGAUUCAACUUCCGAUCGUUUUCGAAGAAUUUUCAAGGGGAUGUGGUUGAAACCUUUCUGAUUGCUAGAAAUCAAACGAAAGAAAUCCUUCGACAAUCACUGAGGAAGAAAAUCGAUUCUCGUUCCUUGAAAUCGUCUAUGUCUGCACUUGAUCGUUUAUUUCGAUCUUUAGAUAUUCAAGCCACUCCGGAAGAUGUGAAGAAGGCAUUCAAUAGGUUCGCCGAUAAACUUUUCCUUGUGCUGUUAGAAGAAUCGAAUAACUCAACACAAUCAGAUUCAUCAUAUGAAAAAUGCGUUUCAAAACAACGAUCUGAACUCCACCCAUUUAUGGAUGUUCCUACAAUAUCUGCUGCAAACUUAUCAUCGGCGUUAGGACUAGCAAAAGUACUCCAUCAGAGUUUGGCUGCCGGGGCAGAAGCAGCAAACGUUACAGAAAGUGUUCCGAUGUCUAAAUCAUGUCAAAGGGCUAUGCUGAAAAUGCAAUACUGCUCACAUUGUUAUGGACUCACAUUACUCAAACCAUGCAUGGGAUUGUGUCGGAAUGUAUUACGAGGCUGUUUUGCCGGAAUUUCUGAACUUGAUCAAUACUGGAACUACUACGUCAACGCUCUAACUGACGUCACUGAACGUAUGCGUAGCGAAGAAUCAAAAUAUAACUUGGAGAUUGCGCUUGAAGAUUUCCAAAAUAAGUUAUCUUCUAGUUUAUCAGUGAUUUUGGAAAACAUAACGACACUUCGAGAUACGGUUGAAGAAAAAUGUAAAAGCAGUAGGAACACCAAAAGAACUAAGAGGAGCCUUGAACGUGAUCAUCCAGUAUUACCAUCUCCAUCAGAAGCUUUAGACUCAGAAGAAGGAGAAAAAUUAGAUGUUAAAUUCGAACGUCACGAGAAGAAUAAAAGGAGGCGACAAAGAGGAGGAAGAAAAAGCUCUUCUAGUAGAUUUGAACAAAGGAAGCUUGAAGAACUUCUGCGUCUCAAAGGUGAACAAUUGCCAGGUGAUGGUCCUAUGGAACCAGAACGACGUAAAGUACGACCUCCACAUGAAGUUCUUUUCAAUCCCGGUCAAUCUGCUAAGCGAGGAACACGAAAAGCUGAAAAAGAUCCAGUAGUUGAAAAAAGAAAACAAACAAGCCAAAUGCACAAAAGAAUAAGAGGAUUCAUUACCUCCCUCGAUUUGUCAACAAAUUUCUAUCGCCAUCUACCGGAUGAUAUGUGCAGUUCUUCAUCGGGGAUGGCAAUCGAAGUUAGUAAUCAUGGAAAAUGUUGGGAUGGAACGGAUAUUGUUGACAGUUAUGAGAAAGACGUCGUUCCGGCGGGUUAUGGAAAGCAAGCUUCGAACCCGGAAGUGAAGGUGACAAAGGUCGAGAAAGGUGUCAUCAAAGCUAUUGACAGUUUGCGCCAAACAGCAAUGAAUUUGUUAUCUGCUUCUGGCAAGACUGAGGUUCCCGGUCUUUUACUACAUUCACCAUUAUAUGAACGUCGCGAGGAAGACGUUGCAUUGGAAUCCGAAAAUGGAGAUUAUCCAUGCGAUGACGAAGAUGAUUGUACAGAAUAUGGUAGUGGGGAUUUUGACCUUGACGUAACGGAUAAAGAAUCAAUUUCUGAAACUGACAUAGAAAUUUUAAUCGAUGACGACAUACCUGAAAGUGAAACAAGUGUGACGUCACAACCAAACUCCGAUGACGUUACAUUUGAAGAAGAUGAUAAGAAACCAAAGGACAAGAAGAAGAACAGUCGUAAAAUCAACAAAGAUCAUCAUCGAAAGAAAAAUAAUCGUGAUGACAAAGCACAAGAAACGACAACACCCGGAGGAUCAGCAUUGUCCAAUAAAGUAGUCAGCCAUGUUGUUUUCUGGUUUUUAUGCGUUUUAUCUUCUCUAUUGAAUUUUGUACAGAAUUGACCACCUUCGUCGACUAAAUGAAGGUGGACUAUGCAUGAAAAUACUACCCCCUGGCGGGAUGUAGGCCAUGAAGCAGAUGCGGAAAGAGGACUAUGAACAGCUAAGCAUGGCAAUGAUAAGGACAAUUCGGAAGAAGAUAUGAGUAUAUAAAAACAACUUUUCAUUUUGAAACACAAUUUCAUUCUGAAUAAGAACAUAAUUUGGCUAUCAAUGUGAUCUAAGCACAUACUCAUCCCAAAUCAUACAAUUCUGAGUGACUGUUCUCGAAAGGAAUUUCAAAAUACCUGCAAAUGAUAUUCCAUCAUGGGUGAUGAGUUGUUCCCAUUUUAUAGCACCAUAUUUUGUCCUUGUCAACUAGUGCGUCCGUAUUAUGCAGAAAGAAAAACUUUUAGUGAAUCCUUCAAAAAUUUCAAACUUUUCGUCUUCUAUGGUUUCAAUUUCUUUUUUUUUAAAUUCCAGGUCAAUUAAAUUUAUACCGUUCAUUUUGAUGGUAGAAAAUAAUUUAAUCUCGUAAAUAGAUCAUAAAUCAUUCUCAAAUAGAAUCGGGAGAGCCAACUUAUUUAAUCAGUCUCAGCCCAAGUCCUCAUAUGCAUUAUCAAUUGUUUGUUACUCGUGAUAUAUUUUUAAUAAAGUUCCCACGUUCAUCAGUUCAAUUCCAAAUGUGGCAUUGGCAAGAUAGCUUGAUGCAAUUUGACGACUUUUUGAAAAAUUAGAAAAACAAUAGGUAAAUGUUAGAAAAAAACAAAAGACUAGACCAUAGACAAGAAAAAAAAAACUCCAACCAUGACUCGUCAAAAUCAUUUGCUUGGGAAUGCCAGAAAUCAUUUAUCUAGUCUAGGACUACGGUGUACAAUAUCUUGGCUCUGAUGAUUACUACCAACUUCGAUUUUACGAAAAUUUUGACACCAGCUUCACACUUGAUUCAAAGGCGUUAAAACUUUAGUCUGCUUCAAUUUCGACUCUGAAAAGUGGUCAGGAGAUAUCGUAGUUUUUGACUACUCUGAAGCAUAAAUAUCCUUGAUUAUCGGUGUCGAUUAACGUGAAAUUUACCGUUUAUAAACCGAUCAACCUAGCAUAUUCAACAUUCGAACUUAUUUGACAUCAUUUUAAUAGUGUACAAACUGAUUUUUCUCUUAUUUUAAAAUGUUGUAAAUUAUAACAAAGCAUUAAUUUUAUUCUUUGCUUAUUUCCUACCUUGGUUUAUCUUACUUAUUAUUAUUUUUAUGUUUCUUUUAUGCGGUUUAAACCUUGUUCACAUUAUUUUACCGUGUUGUCAUCGAUAAUGAUAAAACAUCAUGGAAAUAUAUAAUAAA